UACUAAAAGGGCAAUUCUCACGGACAUUGUUUAUUCGUUGGAGGGAGCUUGAUGCUGACCAGGCGUUUUCGGCUUGUACUCGUCCACUAGAGCGAGGACUGAUAUUAGUCCGCUGCUUACUCCUCGUCAUGUCAUUCGCCCUGCCAUUCACAUCCAGUAGGGCGACACUUGGUUCCUGUACACACGGCCAUUGCCAACCAAGACCCAACAGCCUGCUCAAACCUGAACGUCCUCGUCUUCUAUCACAACCGUCAACUUCCGUUACCUCCAGGUUUCCGUCUUCCAGGCCACGACAGACCGUCUCGUCUCUCAACCAAUCCAGACGACGCAACGUCGAGGCUUCUGUUUCUUCCCAGCGUUCUCGAGUUCCGGGUAGCAGCGUCACCCCGAUCAGCUGGCGCGGCAUCGCGCCUGGUUCGCGAAGCAAAUCUUCCGGUCGAGUUGUGCGAGCUUCCAGCGGCGUGGAUGAUCUCCAGGUCCCUGCCACAUGGACGAGUCCAGAAGUCGCCCAGCGAGAAGCUGAGUGGCUGAGGGAGAGCCUCAAGGCGUGGCUGGACAACGAGUACUGCCCGGAGCCCGCCAACGUCGGAAUCAGCGACCGAUGCGCCAAGGUUUACUAUCGCUGCUUGGUGAAUCAAGAAAGGGAGAUAGCACAGAUUCUCAUGCAGAUGGUGUAUGACUUGGAGAGCUUUUCAUUCAAAGAGAGCUUUCACGGACCCUUUUCAUCAGCCAAUGCAGCAGUGGCGCUCAUAUCUGACAGAGCUGCUAUUAGCAUUGACUAGCACUCAUCAAGAAGUUGGCAAAUAUAUACCGUAAUUGAGACUCAUCAAUGCGAGGCAUGUAACAAUAAUUAGGGUCUUCUGAAUCCCUGUUCUUUGGCGAAAUGUUUACGCGGGAAAUA